AUGAUUGAGCUGAGGUACAAGGAGGGAACUCCGAUGGUGGAUCACUUGAAUGCGUUUCAUGGACUGCUCAAUAAAUUAUCUGACAUGGGAAUUAAGUUUGAGGAUGAGAUUCACGGUUUGUGGCUUCUUMGUACAUUACCAGAUUCUUGGGAGGUYUUCACGAUGUCUCUUUYUAACUCCGCGUCGAAUGGUGUGAUUUCGAUGGACUUAGUGAAGAACAGUGUCUUGAAUGAGGAAGUAAGGAGGAAGUCUAGUCCUAGUUUCUUUCUUUCAGAUGUAAAGAUUUCUGAGUCAAGGGGGAGGAGUUCAUAUAGAGAGCCCAGAAAUAACAAGAACAGGAGCAGGAGCAAAUCUAACAAAUUUGCUAACUUAGAGUGCCAUUAUUGUCAUAAAAAAGGGCACAUGAAGAAGGAUUGCUGGAAGUUGAAAAAUGACAGCAAACUUGGAAAGAAGCAAGAAGAUGGUGAAGAUCGGGUGACUGUAACCGAAGAUCAGUUUCUUAUUCUUCUUGAGAGUGAUGCCAUUAAUGUUGCAUGCCAGGACACCAGUUGGGUUGUUGAUUGUGGAGCUACUACUCAUGCUACAUCGCAGCGGGGUUUGUUCACUACCUAUACUCUAGGUAGUUAUGGUUCUGUGAAGAUGGGUAAUGAUGCAGUGGCCAAGGUUGCUGGCAUUGGUGAUAUUUGCUUGGAGACUAGUGUUGGUACUAGAGUUUUGCUUAAGGGAGUUAAGCAUGUCCCAGAUAUUCGGUUGAACUUGAUCUCUACAGGGAAACUUGAUGAUGAGGGUUUCUAUAGUCUAUUUGGAGGACGUAAAUGGAAACUCACAAGGGGUUCCAUGGUUAUGGCUCGAGGCGAAGGUCUCCAAAGACAUUGUUAA